AUACCCACAUGAACCAGCUGACCCAAACUCCUAAACACAUCUCCAUCUCUCUCUAAAUCUCUUACUUCUCUUACUUCUCUGUUCUUGAGUCUUGGAUCCUUUUAUGGGUGAAACCUACCAAUUCAAUCUCCAUCCUCCUCCUCCCCCCUCCAAUCUUCUCAUCGACAGUUUCUCUCGGCAUUCUCGCUCUCAUUCUGAUCGCUGUUGCUGUUGCUCUCGCUCUUCUUAUCUCCGACAUCAACCGCUUACAACCCCAGAUGCAUCCGGUCCUCUCAUCCCCAUCUUCUGUUCGGGUUUAUGUUUCCCUCGUUCUGCUUUAUUUAUGUAGAGGCAUAUCAGGAGCUACAUUCACUCUCAUCAACCGCUGCGACUUCACCGUGUGGCCGGGCGUUCUGGCCAAUGCGGGCACCGCUGCAUUGGGCAGCACCGGGUUCGAGCUCCCUCCCGGCGCCUCCCGCUCCUUCCAAGCUCCCCCUGCCUGGUCCGGCCGCUUCUGGGGCCGCACCGGCUGCAGCUUUGACUCCUCGACCAGCCAGGGUAGCUGCGCCACCGGGGACUGCGGCUCCGGCCAAGUCGAGUGCAACGGGGCCGGGGCAGCCCCACCCGCCACCCUCGCCGAGUUCACGGUCCAGUCGGGCGGCGCCCAGGACUUCUACGACGUCAGCCUGGUCGACGGGUACAACCUGCCCAUGCUCGUGGACGCGAGCGGCGGGUCCGGCACAUGCCUUUCCACCGGAUGUGUGACGGACUUGAACCAGCAGUGCCCGGCCGAGCUGCGGGACGAGUCGGGCCAGGGCUGCAAGAGCGCAUGCGAGGCAUUCGGGAGCCCUGAGUACUGCUGCAGCGGCGCGUACGGUGCGCCGGACACUUGCAAGCCAUCGAUUUAUUCGCAGAUGUUCAAGGCCGCAUGCCCGAGGUCAUACAGCUACGCAUACGACGAUCGGACGAGCACAUUUACGUGCACCGGCGCGGACUACGCAAUCACAUUCUGCCCUUCAUUAUCAGCAAGUAAAAAAUCUGCCGUCAACGGGUCUUCGAAUGCCGGAACGACAAGCGGAAGCAGGCCGGGAACAACUGCUUCGACCGAGAGUCCUCCGGACGACAACCCUCCAUGGUUACCGGGUUUCUCCAUUGGAAUCUCGAGCGGCACCCUUCUUUCUCGUUGCGAUUGGACGUGGCUUCUUCCUCUCGUCGUCUCUCUACUUCUCUGUUUUCUACAUUCGUAAUCACUCUGCUAACACAUUCGAGGCGAUUUCGUGUAGAUAUUCAACUGCUUUUUUUCGGGAAUGGUAAUUCAAAUCGUUAUCUCCAAU